UGUCAGUGCUCAUCACAUUAUUGGACAAGACACCUUUGAUUUCCUUUUCUGUUAGGCUCCAGACGGUCUCAGGAUGACGCACCAGUUCCCUACCCUCUCCGAGGCACAGAAGAGGGAGCUGCAUGAGACUGCCUUACGCAUAGUUUCUCCAGGGAAAGGCAUUCUGGCUGCAGAUGAGUCUGUGGGCAGUAUGGCCAAGCGGCUGGCCCAGGUGGGUGUGGAGAACACUGAAGAGAACCGCAGACAGUUCAGGCAGAUUCUCUUCAGUGCAGAUGAUCGCAUCAACAGCUGCAUUGGAGGAGUCAUCUUUUUUCAUGAGACACUGUAUCAGCACUCUGAUAAUGGUGUAUCAUUUGUCAAAAUGAUCAAAGACAGAGGCAUCAUGAUUGGUGUCAAGGUUGACAAGGGUGUUGUCCCUCUGGCAGGAACCAGUGGAGAAACCACUACACAAGGUCUGGAUGGUUUGUCAGAGCGUUGUGCGCAGUAUAAAAAGGAUGGAGCCAUCUUUGCAAAGUGGCGCUGUGUGCUCAAGAUCAGUGACGUCAAUCCAUCUAAACUGGCUAUCACAGAAAACGCAAAUGUCCUUGCACGUUACUCCAGUAUCUGUCAGCAGCAUGGCAUUGUGCCUGUCAUAGAGCCAGAGAUUUUGCCUGAUGGUGAUCAUGAUCUGAAACGCUGCCAAUAUGUCACUGAGAAGGUUCUGGCUGCAGUGUACAAAGCCAUGUCUGACCACCAUGUGUACCUGGAAGGCACUCUGCUUAAACCCAACAUGGUCACCCCUGGACACAGCUGUCCCACUAAGUACAGCCCAGAAGAGGUUUCUAUGGCAACUAUAACCGCCUUACGCCGCACUGUUCCUCCUGCAGUCACGGGAGUGGCUUUUCUCUCAGGCGGUCAGAGUGAAGAGGAGGCUUCUGUCCACCUUAAUGCCAUCAACAACUGCCCUCUGGCUAAACCUUGGAUCCUAACCUUCUCCUUUGGUCGAGCCCUGCAGGCCUCAGCACUGAGGGCCUGGCGAGGACAUAAAGAGAAUGAGAAAGCUGCCACUGAGCAGUUCAUUAAGCGAGCAGAGGUGAACAGUCUGGCAUGUCAGGGGAAGUACACUAGUGGUGAUAACUAUGCUGAGCCUGGACAGCGCAUCUAUGGUUCCUACCAUGCAUAUUGAAUCUAUGAAAAGUCAUGUUUCUCUGAGCUUUGUUUUUCCACUUCCAUAAAAUUACAGAAGACCUAUAAGUUAACUUAUGAUAUUUGAGGUUUUCACAAUCAUUGUGACAUGAAAACAACUAACAGUUUGUUUAUCUUGCCUUGACAAAUGGACAAUCAGAACAUGGCCUUGGGUAUUUCUAAAUAUGCAUGUAGACGACUGAAUGAAAGUUAUUGCUUCACUUUUGUUAUGAAUGUAUUCUCUUGACUCUGACAAGUAAGCUUUCAAAUAUUGCAUAUAAAAUACUGCUUUAUAAAAUAAACUUGAUUGCAGAUUAAAAUAUGUUUCUUUUACAGCAGAGUUAAGUGUAAUGUACUGAUAAUAUAAGUGACACAUUUCCCAGCUAUUAUACUGAAGUGUCUUCUGGUUGUGUGAAACUUCUCUAUAUGUAUAAGCUUGUGGAUAAUUUGCGUUUAGUUUAUUCAAUUAUCAGUGAAAUGCACCAUUUAAAAUAUUGCACCAGUUUUAGCUUUAAGCUAGGUUGCAUCUGGAUCCUUGAUGUGACGGUGAUGUGUGUUAUAACUCUGAAUAGUAAUAUCUGUGGAAUAGUCUAAUACUGACAGUUGAUGUGUAAACAUGCAGAUAAUAAAAAUGUAUCUUCAGAUGAA